CAAGAAACCGUUCCCGGUUAAAUCGCAACGUGGGUUUUGGUCUUCAUCGCGAAGUGAGUCGAAAAUUGAGAGGAAAGCUGUUUGUUUCUCACAGUGGAAGCCAUUCUUGUGCUCAAAUGACUUUCGAAAGAAGAUCGACUAGGGAAAUAUUCCACCUUCAAGAGUUGGAGCAUCGUGAGACAAGGAUGUCACUCCCGAGUAAAACGCCGUGGAAAUAACAGGACAUUUCCACAGCUACUCUUCGAAAUUUGCUAUUGAAUUUAGUUCUUGUCGAAGAGUCUCCUCGUGCACAAGGGGUUGACAUUCUCUCUAGUGUGCCCCAAUUGAGCAAACCCGAACAACACCUUGCUAAAUUUGUUUCAAAUCAAAAGUGACAUGAGAAAUGAGUGUUGUUUCUGAGCGGCGAUUUAUCAGAGUGCGAAAUAACUCACAUCCAAUCGCUAAAAACAGUGUGUGUGGACCUUAGGAAGAGACUGAGAUUUGACUUUAGCCAUCGUGAGCCUGUCAAAGUGGAACAAUAUGCUUUUUAAAGAUGAAUCUUGACAAGUCCUCUGUCCACGUCUCCGGUUUCAUCUGCGAAAGUUGAAGGACCCAGUUUGCAGAAAACAAGUCUCUCUUCUAGCAUCGGCUUCAUGCUGCUUUUGUAUAUCCUUGUAACCGGAACAAGAUCAUGAAAUUUAAGAAUAAGCCCACAAAAAUUGAGCUACCCCAAUCCAAUCUUCCGAAUAUGGAUCAGAAGAGCUCCUCCACCCAAUCUCAAGUCUCUCUUGGAGAUGAACAGCCACAAGUGAGUGAUGGAUCAUCAACGAAAUCUACUGGAACAAGUGGUAAUCACGUGUGCCCAACUUGCCUGAAGAAGUUCUCGCGUGGCGACAUUCUUCGCAAGCACGUAAAGAGCCAUCUUCCCACUCUUUGUACAGUGUGUGGUCAACUAUUCAACGAUAAAUUCAUGCUCUCUAAGCAUCAAAUGGAGGCACAUUCCUCGUCCGUCGAGAGGAUAUUUCAGUGUCCACAAUGCGAUAAAAGCUUCAAGGAGCUUCGAACCCUCCGGCUUCAUCUGAAGAUCCACAACGCAGAAUACCCGGAGCGCUGCCCCACUUGCCAAAAGGUCUUCCGUACUAAAUGGCAACUGAAACAACAUCAAAUGGACCACGGCGGUGAAAGACCUUAUCCUUGUCCGGAAUGUUCGUUCACUUGCAAAACCAAGCAACAGCUGAAUGAGCAUCGACGGAAACAUUCGGGCGAGAAGGCGUACAGUUGUCAACAAUGUGGGACUCGAUUUACAUAUCGGAAUGGGCUCAUCAAGCACACCAAGUUGAAUAGAUGUCCCAAGAAAAUCAUCACUCCCGACGGGGAAACGAUCAUCAAGAAACGCACAAGAACCGCCAAUUCCUCCAAGAACAAAGACAAGAUCGAGUUGCCCACCCAGCCCUUGCCUUUGGUGAACAAUCAAGGAUCUCUGCUCAACAUUGAGUUGCCUCAAAUACCAAGCUUGGUUCCCAUGCCCGAAGCCAAGAAUCAAGUGCCCACCAUGUCCCAAACUCCGCCUAAUUUCUUCGGAAACAAUGUCAUCGCGACAACCAAACCCCAACAAACUGUUGUGAACCUCGCUCACAUGAACCCUCCUAGUUAUAUUGGUCUCCUCCAGACGGUGACAACAACUCAAAGUCUCCCGCUGGUCCAGAGUAGCACCAACACUAGCCCGACCACAGCCCCCGGAAUCCAGGUGGAUCACCCCAAGACACAACACCCCGUAUCUUUAGUGCCUACAUCCACCGUCUCACUUCAAGUCCUGCCACAGGGAGGCCUCUCGCAGGCCUCGAUCUCCGAACUCACCUCAGCCACCGGAUUGAGCGCAUUCGAGAUCCAUAACUGGGUCUCAUCCCUUCCUCCGGGGUCCACGGUUAAAAUCACGCAUCACUGCGAUGUCAAACGCAAAACCGAACCCGAACGGAGGAUACUGGUCCGUUGCGCCGCUCAAGAGUCUCGUCCAGACUAUUUCAACCUGCCUUACCCUCAAAGACCCAAUGGGGUUCAGGAUAAUGUCCAGAAUCUCCAAAGUCGUCCGAAUGAGAUCCCAACCUUGACCAGUCCCAUGCCGCUCCCAUCGUAUGCAGAAUCCUUCGCCGUCAACCCGAACGACGUCCUUCGCAAGGAUCUCAAGAUUGGAGACUUGGGUAACUUGGACUAUGAGGUUCAGAAUCAGAUGCUGAUGCGUCCAGGAAUGCCGGUGUUUCAGACCUCAAGGUCGGUGGAUCCGGAUUCCCCGUCCUCGUCCGUAGAGAGUGGUUGUGGGUCGGCCAGUAGCUUCGGGGGGAGUUUUUCUGAUCUCAGUGAGGGCUCGAAUAGUAACCACGCCCAUCAUCAAGCUCUUUACAUCAAGACUGAGGGCAAGAAUGGCUUGCCAGAGUUGGUAGAUAUACCGGACAGCGACGACUUCUCCAUGGAUCUCACGACAGAAAACCUAAAUGAACUAGAUUUUCAUUCCAUCAAGUCGUUGGUGGAACAUACUUUUAAGAAUGAGAGGGACAUGCUGGACAUCAUCUCGACUGUGUAGGCUAAUUCCUACAAAACUUGCUUUUCAUCUCGAUAUGUUAGGUACCCGUUCAUAUCUUUGUUUGGUUUCGAUUCGGCAUCGAGAUCGGCUUUUUGAUUAGGGAGAAAUUCUCGCAUGGCCUGAGUAAGGCCCUUGAUAAAAUAAAUGCUCCUUUGUGACCCUG